AUGGCGGCCUUUGGAGUGAUGGCGUUUGUCUUCCCAAUUCACCAUUACACCUUGAAAGUUAAAUUAUACUGCUCACCGGUAACUAAGGAACUGCUGCUGACUAGCCGGAAAUACAAGUUUUGGGAGAAUCACAUUGUUGCAUUGGAAGUUGAAACUCCAACUCAGAUUUCUUUAGUGGAUGAAACAUCUGGUGAGAAAGAAGAUAUAGAGGUGACACUUCUACCAGCUGGUCACUGUCCAGGAUCAGUCAUGUUUUUGUUUGAAGGUGAGAAUGGCACUGUGCUGUAUACAGGGGAUUUCAGGCUUGCAAAAGGAGAAGCAGCCAGAAUGGAGCUUUUGCAUUCAGGGAGCAGAGUAAAAGACAUCCAGAGUGUGUAUUUGGACACCACUUUUUGUGAUCCCAAAUUUUAUCAUAUACCAAGCCGGGAGGAGUGUUUAAAAGGGAUCUUAGAGUUAGUGCGAAGCUGGACCUCGCUGACUCGCUAUCAUGUUGUGUGGCUGAAUUGCAAAGCUGCUUACGGAUAUGAAUAUUUAUUCAUAAACCUCAGUGAGGAACUUGGAAUCAAGGUGCAUGUGAACAAACUUGAUAUGUUCAGAAACAUGCCAGAAAUUCUCUACCACGUUACUAGAGACCGACACACUCAGAUUCAUGCCUGCCGACAUCCUCGGGAUGAUGACUGCUUUCGAGGGAACAGACUGCCCUGUGGGAUGACUUGCCAAAAUGGAACUCCCUUGCACAUCAUCAGCAUCAAACCCUCCACUAUGUGGUUUGGAGAAAGGAUCAAGAAAACCAAUGUAAUAGUGAGGACUGGUGAGAGUACCUACAGAGCUUGCUUCUCUUUCCACUCUUCAUACAGUGAGAUUAAGGAUUUCCUGAGCUAUAUCCGCCCUGUGAAUGUGUAUCCCAAUGUGCUGCCAGUGGGUAGGACAGAAGACAAAGUUAUGGAAAUAUUAAAGCCAUUAUGCAGGUCCUACAGGAGAAACAUGGAACCCAGGUACAAGCCCUUAGGAACACUGAAGAGACCCCACAAGAGAGACUCAUCUGACACAGAUGAAGAUGAUCUCUUUGACUCAGAAUUAACUUCUGCAAGGCCUAAGAUUCUAAAACAGCAGGGAGAAGAGAGCAGGCUCUCCAACACAGGACAGUCUGAGAGCACAGAAGGUUGCAAAGUGACCGCAACUUACAUCUCCCCCAAGGUAGACUUCAUGGACUGUGAGGAAUCAAAUGAUGAUGAUGAUGAUGACGAUGAAGAAGAAUCUGAAAUAAAUGUAGUUCAAGUUCUUUCCCAUGAGCCAGAUGCCACUUCCACAGCAAAUUUUGAUGGAGUAACAACUAGUGACCAACAGGAGUCUAAUGCCGACGUCCCUCGCUGGGAUGCAUUUUUUAAGUGUAACAAACCAGAAGAGAGCUCUGAAAAUGAGGAGAACUUCCCAUCUUCAGCAGAUGCUGGUGGGUCCCAGUCACUCUUCAGUGAUUCAGAUGGCGUAAGCGACUCAACACACAUCUCCUCCCAGAAUUCUUCUCAGUCUACGCACAUAUCGGAGCAGGGGAGCCAGGGCUGGGAUAGCCAAAUGGACACAGUACUCAUCACCUCCCAAGAGAGAAACGCCUUGGACUGUAGCUGCUUCGGCAGAGGUGGGAGCAGAGCAGUCGUUUCCAUAGUGCAGGAGACCGCCAAAGACAGUCAACCUGACAACAGUCGGUGGAAGCCACUGGGUCAAAACAGAUGUUGUGCGAAAGACGCAGAAGCUGGCACUGCUCAUGCUCAGGAUGUGCUGGCUGAAGGAAGUGACAACUCCAGGACGCCUGAUCUGGAACUGAGGAGGGACUCGCAGAGCUCCUCCGACUUCGAAAUUCCCUCCACUCCUGAUGCUGAAGCACCUCAGCCCGAUAAACUGCACUGUUUAUAUAAGAAGCUAGCGGCAGGUGAAAACAUACUGAGUAUGAAAAAAGUCUCCUGA